CAGAACUGCGUGUUAUAAUUAUCCUCGCGAGGCCAUUACAAAAACGUUUUAUGGUCUGUAGACAAGAAUGUCGGAAACAGUGACAAGACAUGAUUGGAUUUUACAGGGCUCAGUGUUUUUGAGAUGACCUUAUCAGACAUGGGGCUGAUUGACACAUCCCGGAUCACUAACUACGUCAAGGGUUUCACACAUAUCAGUUUCGCACGUUUUACUUAUCGCAGGGAAGAAUUGUCUUCAGUACGAACAAGAACCUCGUUAAACAGUCGAUUUGGGGUGAACAUUAUUGCUUUAGUAAGAGGUCAAUGGAAGCCUCCACAAUGGUAGUCAGACUGCUCUUUAUUGGGAGCUUUCUGAUGAUGUGUUCUCCAGUCAUCUCUCUGUCAUGUAUUCCAUGCUCGUGGGUGCGGUGUAGUACUCCUGUAAACUGUAAGGGUGGCCUGGUAAAGUCCAUUUGUGGCUGCUGUAAUGUUUGUGCCAAGGUGGAAGGAGAGAGAUGUGGUGGUCAGUGGCAGACGCUAGGACGCUGUGACUCUGGUCUGAAAUGUGUGGUAAGGGAUGGACAUCUAAAGGCAGCAGAAGGCACAUGUGAACCUGCUGUUUGCAAGGGAAAAAAGUGUGGCUUUCGCAAGGUUUGUACUAAAGGGAAUGAUGGUUUUCCUUUCUGCACCUGCCCUCAAGCUUGUAGUGGUUACAAGCAUAAGCCAGUAUGUGGAUACUCUAAUGGAAAGCAAUUCAACAAUGAGUGUGAACUGCACAAAGAGGAGUGUGCUUCUGCUAAAACCAUAGGAGUCAUGGCAGGACCUUGUAAAAAGUGUUUUGAUGGUACAAAGACAUACUCAUUUGGUGAGAAAAGAACACGAAAAAACUCAUGCGAACAGUGCACAUGUUUUCAUGGAGAAUGGAAAUGUCGUACUACAGCUCCAUGCCAACAGCCAAAGUCAAGAAGUUGCUCAGUUGCUGUGGAUUCUUUGGGCAGAACACUUCAGUCAGACUGUCCUAAAGGCUAUUGGUGCAAAGUUCAGAUUCCAGGAAUCCCAGAGGCCAAUAUUCCAGAAGUAGCUGUGUGCACACCUGAACAUCCAACAAAUAUUGAAGGAGGGAGUGCUUCUUUGACUGGAUCAGUGUCACCAACUUCACAAUUAGAAGGUCAAGUGCCUGCACAGUGUUUGGUACCACCUCUUGAAGGCCCAUGCAGAGCUGCAUAUCGUCGUUGGUAUUACAAUAAAGAAAAGGGGAAAUGUAUGGUUUUUGUCUAUGGUGGAUGUGAAGGAAAUGCCAAUAACUUUUACACCAAACCAGCCUGCAAGAUUGUCUGCAUGCAACAUAAUAGAAGUUCGGUACAAGAUUUCAAUAAGACACAUCCUCCACAAAAUAAAACCACCAGUACCCCAGAACCACCCAUUGCAAUGUGGACUGAAGUCUGUUACUUGUCACCAGUUACAGGGCCUUGCCGUGCUUCUUUUCCUCGCUGGUAUUAUAACCCAUUUAACAAGAAAUGCUUGAAGUUCGCAUAUGGUGGCUGUAAAGGGAACAUGAACAAUUUUCACACCAAGGUAGACUGCAAGAAACACUGCAUGAAAAGAAAAGUUCCUUCACUGUCAACAACUUCAGUCUAUAGCUUGCCAUCUUCCAACACUUCCCCAGUUACCUCAGCUGUGAUGUUCAGAUGCCGCUGCUCAAACUGUUCAGGUUCAGAUAGUUGUACCACAGUGGUGGGCUGCUUCACUAUCAACAAUUACACAACUGGACGUACAAAAGUAACAGAAAAAGGAUGUUUCGCUAGCUCAGAGGUGUACAGAGUACAGUGCACUAAUAGUACACAGAGGCUGGCAUGCUGUAAACAGGACAUGUGCAAUGACUUCCCAAUCUCUGAUGAAGGCAAUGGUAAACCUUUGAUUUCUCGAUUUUUAUAAUCAAUAAGUUUAUAAUUUUCUUUGCGAACUGUAAUUUAAAAUGUCAACUUAGUUCUAAUGAUACAAAGCAAGAAUCAGACCCUGGAUUUGGCAUGCAGGACCAGAUUAUCAACUUUGACAGCAACAAAACCUGAUACUAGUAGUGAAAAAGUGAAAAACAGUAAAGCUGCACUUACAGUGCUGCUAGCGAUUGUAACUAAUUAGACAGUGCUUUAACAUGGAGGCUUUUCAUGUGUUGGAGGUGACCACAGCAAAGUGGCAAUUUUGUAUUAACCUUUGUGUCUCCUGUCUUUGAAUAGAUCACUUGAUUUCUCAAUCAUUUUUCAGGUGUUAGCUACUUGAAUUAUUUGUCUAUCAACAGUUGUAGCUCACCUCCAAAUUUCCCCCGAUUCUUAUUGGUUUAAAUUGAUCAUGUGACACUAUGUGUUCAUUGGCAGAGAGACACCAACCACCAACAGUGCCUGUCAAAGGCAAAUACCCGGAUGGUACUCAUCCAUUAAAUUUUUUCUGCAAACAAGCGGGCUUAUGGAACAAAAAUUGAAAGACGCAAAUUGCCUGUUUUCUUUGUAAAUUUUACAUUGGUCUUUCACGCUUUUCAUCUAAAAAUCAAAGUGCUCUAUGAGCAAACCCGUCAAUUUCCCAGUAGAUGAUGAUUGAUGUGUGACUUGCGGGUUAUUCUCGUUAUGCAAAUUACCAUAUUGACCUCCGACUAUGCUUGUUAUAACAGCACUCUUAAAAAAAACAAGAAUAACUUUUCGUGCAUAUUACAUGAAGCACAAGAACUGGCAAACCUCCACUACAUGGGCUGCACUGCUUCAAUGGAUUUACUCAUUCUCAGUUGAGCCACUCUACCUUAUAGACUUCUUGUCGCCACGCCCAACAUGUUUUUCUUUCUGCCUGAAGAUGAAAGCGUAGUCUGCUUUACACGACUCAGCGCUGUUAGAUGGAAAGCGAACAGGUUGCGGAUAAGAUACUCUGCUUGCAGGGUAGCUGCAAAAGAUCUUCAAAGAAAUCGAAUUUUUUUAUUAUGAAUUACAAAUGCACAACAUCUAAGCCACUGGAUGCAAUUUGAGGUCGAUUUAUGCGAAACAGCAAGGUCGCGUAACAUCAAAAACUGUGUUCUUAUCGGUUCCAAGCUUGAGAUAAGUACAUGUAGCUACCUGUGGAUGUCCUUCACCAAAAAAAAGGUUGAACAAGAAAAGAAAAAUACCAGUGGCUAAAAAAAAAAAAA